CAGUCUAGUACACCUGUAAACCAACGAAGAAGAAAUGUCCCAAUAGACCUCUCUGCAAGGUGUCUGAACCACCGCUGUCGAGGCAAGACAUCCCCUUGUUUCUCCUGCCUAGCCCCUGGAUAAACUUCUCCCACCUUUAGCAGCCCCUUUUCUCAACCAUGGCGACGAGUGCGAAGCGAAAACAAGAGGAGACGCAUCUUAAGAUGCUUCGGGAAAUGACUAGCCAGCCCCCGAAUAGGAAGUGCUUUGAUUGCGACCAGCGCGGCCCGACUUAUGCCAACAUGACAGUGGGUUCCUUCGUCUGUACCACCUGUUCUGGCAUCCUAAGAGGCCUGAAUCCCCCCCACAGAGUGAAGUCCAUCUCUAUGACCACCUUCACACUACAGGAAAUUGAAUUCUUACAGAAACACACCAACGAGGUUUGUAAAUACAUCUGGUUGGGUCUGUACGAUGACAAGACAUUGGUUGUUCCAGACUUCCGCCAACCACAGAAAGUAAAAGAAUUCCUCCAGGAAAAAUAUGAGAAGAAAAGAUGGUACGUCCCUCCAGACCAGGCGAGGACGGUAGCCAUGGCCCAGGCCUCCAAGUCGGGCUCCUCAGCCAGCAGCACAGCCAGCACCCCGGAGGUCCAGCCCCUGAAAACCCUGCAGCUCAACAAGACCCCCCCAACACGUCAAUCCCCGAUGGUGGUUCGCUCCCUGGCCCAUCCCAUAGUUCAGGAGAAGAAGUUUGACCUCCUUACGGACCUGGGUGGAGACAUCUUUGCCGCUCUGCCCUCUCAGGCUGCCAGCAACGCCAAUUUUGCCAACUUUGCGAAUUUCCCCAGUCAAUCAGGGCGAGGUGUCCCAGUGCCGUCAGUGGCUGGUGCUGUACCGGCCCAGUCCCAGCUGGGCACCUCGGCAGAGGACCGCUACGCUGCUCUGGCUGAGCUGGACAACGAGCUGAGCUCCUCUGCCCCUACAGGGAGUAGUGUCCAGGGUGAAUCUAGGAAUAUGUUUGGAGCUGUGUUGGGAACCUCGCCUGCCCAGACAGUCUUACCCAACAUGCAUGUGCAGCAAGGCUUUGGAGCCGUCUCGUCCAAUAACCCAUUUGUUGCUGCUGCUCCGGAUAUGGCCACCAACCCCUUCCAGACCAAUGGUAUAGCGCCGGCCGCAGCCUCAUUUGGCACAGGCUCUAUGAGUAUGCCUGCUGGCUUUGGGAAUGCCUCCUCUUACUGCCUCCCGACCAGUUUUAGUGGGACCUUCCAGCAGCCCUUCCCUGGCCAGGCCCCCUGCCCUUACCCCCAGCCGGGGGCCUACCAACCCCAACAACCCAAUGGCCCUGGUGGAUAUACAGUCUAUGGACAGACCAAGUCCUCCAUGACCCCCUUUGGGCAGCCCAUGGCUGGUCCUGGGAUGACCAAAAACCCAUUUAUGGGGAGUAUUUAAUAGUGUGCGGGAGCCCCGGCUGGAUCCUACCCCUCUGGAAGCUCCAACACCAACCCCUUCCUGUAGCGCGCCUCCCUCCCCGUAGUCACCACCAGAGGGCAGCAUGCAGCACCUAUUCAAUGUACCGGCUCAGUCACACCUUGUGAUGUGACAGUACAUUUCUGAAACUCUGAAUUCAAGAUUUUCUUAACUAUGUUUACGACACUAUGAAGGACUAUGGGAUCGUGGACUGCCCUGGAACGAUGCCCUGGGACUUAUACGUUCUCUAUACAUAUAUUUUGUAGUUUAUUAUGUUUGACAGUAUUAUUGUGCAUGUCGGCAUUUGUAAUCACGUUUAAAAUACAUGUUAUGUAUAAUUGGGACUUGACGUGGGCGGGGCGACAUUGUGCAGGCGCCACUACAAUGUUUCUACCAGUGGGUUUAUAUGAUAACUAACAUGGUUGUAUCCAACAACUUUAGAAGGGAACUGAGGUGACAAAGAUUUUCUCAUCGGGAACGAUGACGAUUAGAUGUUGGUGAAGAAUCAGGCUGGUGAACGAGGUGGCACCGAUGGUCAUAUUCACUAUCAUUUAAUGAAUUCUGUGUUAAAGAAACAAUGUAUUGUGUAGUGGUUUCAAUGGGCCUCUGCUUGCAUCUGUUUGCAGUUAUGGUGUCCGGGAAAGGGACUUUUAUUUGGUGCAUGCUUAAUACCACUGUUACUCGGGGUGCAACCUGGGGUGUGUUCAGCAGGAUACAAGAUUGUGUAGCAGGACCCCCCCCGAAAAAAACCCCUAGAUUUUACCCCAUCAAAGAAAUUAAGAAAAUUUAAGCUCAUUUACUGCAUUUAUACAAUUUAUAAACUCUAAAAUGCUAUUUGAAGAACAGCGAAAACAAGCUUAAAUGACCCCAGCCAUUAUCACAUUAGAUGCUGUAGCUUCAUUCAUCUCAGUCGACCUACAAACAUAUACGAUCAGCCGCUACACAUUAACUCAGCACUGGGAUAAGACUAGAAUUAAUACGUACAGAGGGAUCUGGUAACAGAAAAACUGUUAGUAACCAAAGGUAAACCACUACAUUUGCUUUAUAUACAUUUUCUUCUUGUUGUUGCAGUUUUAAAGCUAAUUUCCUGCAAUUCUACAUAUUUUGUAAUGACUUAUGCCAUGUUAAUAGGACACGUGCCCGGUUGGUAAUUCAACCAUGAUUACUACAAGUUUAGAUAGCUGGCUAGACUAACGAGACCCAUUUACCAAUCCCCCCCCCAAAAUGGAGUGAUUGUCAGUGUGUGACAUGUAACAAGAGGAAAACUGCUGAUGCACAACCAAGUUUUUAAAUUGCACCUUGUGUAUUUUACUAUUCUAACUCUCAACAGGAAGUGGAGACCCCGCCUCGGUUCGUACAUUUUUUUUAAAUAAAUGUUUUAUUUUUCUAAUUGUAAAAAAUGACCGAGGUCCGGACCAUUAUACCUCAGUGUCCGGACCUCGGUGUCUUCAUAUGUAGCUACGGCCCUGCGCAGGUGUGUAAAAACACAUGACAAGUUUGUAUUUAUUUGGAGAGAUGGUUAACUUGUGCCCCCCAAUCACUUUUAAUUAAUGCAAUUGUGUUACUCGCCAUUACAGUAAUACGUAAGUCAAUGUGUACAUAUAUAAAUAUAUUAAAGAUUUUUAACUGCA